CAAGCUUUGUCGGAGCACCAGCGUCGUCUAACCUUGAGAAGUAUCACAUACGGAAUGUCUGGAACAGCAGUGCGACGUGUUCAAAAGGAAUUAGGCGACAUUCGCAAGUCGCCCAACAAGCACAUCAAGGUCGAGGUCGAUGAAUCCAACGUGACACACUGGGAUGUCAAGCUGGACGGACCUCACGGAACGCCUUAUCAAGCCGGGACGUACGGUAUGACCGUAGACUUUACCAACGACUACCCCUUCAAGCCGCCCGUGCUCAAGUUCACUACCAAGAUGUACCACCCGAACAUCGACUCGGACGGCAACAUCUGUAUCGGUGUUCUGAAGACUGAAAACUGGAAACCAGCUACCAAGAUCGUCAGCGUACUGGACGCCAUGUACGAGCUCCUGGGUCACCCUAAUCCUGACGAUCCGCUGGUCACCUCGAUCGCGGACCAAUACAGGAACGACCGACCCAGCUUUGACAAGACCGUCAAGGAAUAUAUCAACCGCUACGCCAAGUAGCAAUUGACCGCGAACGAAUGGGAGAGGCGAUGAAGAUCGCAUGGCAGCUGGCGAGUACUGUAUCUAACGAACAUAACGAUGACAUUAUGCAUACAUGAAUGGACCCUUCCGCCUCCUAUUUCCAUACCUCGCCAACUUG